AUAGCAACACCAGCAGCUUGUCAGCUCCCUCUGGCUUAGAUCACUUCAUAGGGAUAUGACUAUGUAGACUCAAAGGAUUUGCUAAAAGGAUGACGGGAAUUUUUGCCUUAUCUGAACUGGCAAAAAUGACAGUGAGGUGACUUACCAGUGGCUUGGACAUUUGAUAUGUGAUAGAAGAUGAGGCUGGCUCAGUUUGUCAGAUCUGUAUUUGCUUUUGAUGUUUGGUACUGUAGACACGAAAGAUACACUGACAUGUUGUAUGUUGAUGUACACUAGAGAUCAUAACUCGUCAUGUUAUUUUUUAUAAUGCAUUAAUAUAGAAAUAUAGCGUUUUCCCACAUUCAAAUCUAUUUGAAUGUCAAACAUAAAAAAACAAAGCUGACCAUGUCACUGGUGGAACAGUCUCAAAAGUGGUUCCCGACCCAUGUCCAAGCCACUGUUCUUCAAGCCACUGGUUUACAGCCCAAGGGCAAAAAUGGCACCAAUGAUGCCUACACUAUCAUCCAGCUGGGCAAAGAGAAGUACUCUACAUCAGUGGCAGAGAAAACCCUCAACCCUGUCUGGAGAGAAGAGGCCUCAUUUGAACUACCAGGUUUACUUUUGGAGGGCAACCCAGAAAUCUAUGAACUCUGCCUUAUUGUGAUGCACCGGUCGCUGGUUGGGAUGGAUAAGUUCUUGGGCCAGAGAUCCAUCAACCUCAAUGAAAUCUUUGAUAACAAGGAGCGAAGAAAAACUGACUGGUACACCUUGGAGUCCAAGCCGGGGAAGAAGAGGAAAGAACGAGGCCGCAUCCAAGUCAGUAUCCAGUUCAUGAGGAACAAUAUGACCGCCAGCAUGUUUGACCUUUCCAUGAAGGACAAGCCCCGCUCACCCUUCUCCAAGCUUAAGGAUAAGAUGAAGGGUCGGAAGCAAGACAGCGGGUAUUCUGAUACAUCUUCAGCCAUCUUGCCUCGUUCUGCUCUGUGUGACUCGGAGCCCCAGCGCCAGCCCCUUACCACCGAACCACAAGCGCAGCCUGAGGCCAAGGCCAGGAGACCACUACUUGCUGGUUCACAUAAGCUCUCCGCUGCUCAUUCCAUGUCAGAUCUCAUUGGUACCCACUUCCGCCCCAAGCUGGAUUCCAUGAACUCCAUUGAAGAGCGUGGGAAUACAGCCGCCCCUCACAGGGGUUCCCAGGGUGAGGUGCCAGGCUGCCAGGACGGCGAGGCACACGGUGACCCUUUCACUGAUAUCGCGGACACCCUGCCACAGAAGUACGCAACUCUCCCACGCAACCGCAACCCGUUUGAAGGGGAGUCGGGGCAGCUGUGGGAUCGGGCAGAACGGAGGGAGAAAAAGGAGAAGGUCAGCCUACUGGAACGGGUGACAGGAAAGAAGGAGGGCCGUAAGACCGGCAACGGUGGGCGUUCUGGCAGCUCGGGGGAUCUGCGCUCUCCAAAUCCAUUCGGUGGCGACUCACAAGGAGACACCAACCCAUUCAGCUCAAACUACAAAGCCAGUGAUAAAAAGCCCGCAGGUAGUGAGGACAUCAGCUAUGGCCGGAAGACCAGAGACAGCUACGGCAAGAAAAAUGAGACAACCCAGGAAAGUGUGGCUGCUUAUAGCAACUUAUCUUUCGAGGAAGUUGUGCAGGAACUCAUCAAGCAGAAAGAAGUGGUGAAAAAGAAAGAUGCUCACAUCAGGGAGCUGGAAGACUACAUUGAUAACCUACUUGUGCGUGUCAUGGAGGAGACGCCAAGCAUUCUACGGACACCCUAUGAGCCAAAAAGGAAGGCGGGUAAAAUUUCCAAAAAAUAGAGAUGGAAAAAAAUAAUAAUAAUGCAAUGGUUUAUGUCGAUGAUGAAGGCAUCGUGGUAAAUCAUAGUAAAGAAUGAAGGUUCGUAAAACAAGCAGGAUUGACCAAUACCAUAUAUGAUUGUUUUAUUUCUUUACCCUCUAAAAAAGGUUUCAUUCAGUGUUUUUUUUUUUUUUUUUACAUAUACAUUUUGUGUUUCGGUUACUCUUUAGUUCAAGAGCAGCUUUUUUCUCAUAAAUUAUCGAAUUGAUUACUGGAUUAGAUUGUGCUCCAGCUGUUUACUACUGUCAUUUUUUUUAAAAUGAUAUUAAGGGUGUGCCAGGUGACCUGCCGCAAAACAAA